AUGUUCUGCUGGUAUAUCGGUAACGUGACGCAGAUUGUGAUGGCUGUCAACAGGUCUGAGGUCUUAUUUAUUGAUCGUUACGAUUUAGAACAAUGUAUGUAAAUAGUAGGCAAAAGAAAAGAUGGAGAAAAAGUGAAUGGUCAAUUAUCAUCGCUUGAACUUAGACGACAUUUAUUGAAAAAAAACGUUUAUGCUAUUUCAGAUGGGCGGUGAUUUGUCUUCGGAACUCGUCGAUGUUCACCAAAAGGCAUCUGAUCAUAUUUUUCCUAAUAACAACUUUGUUCGCAAUCAUCAAAAGUUACAUCAUCCAGUAUGUGUUCCCUUGCUGCAAGUGAGUUGCGGCCCCAGAGAUCCUCUCAAGUUUGUUGCCUUCAGAUUCCUUGUGGAUCAAACUGUCCUCUCUUAUUCCUACUUUCUAAUCGAAGACGUUCCCAACUACACGGACCAGAGUGACAUUCCUCUGAAUGCCCUCAGCUCUAUUGUCCCUGUCAUUUGUUAUUCUUGGGUAAUCUCUCUCCCUCGCCCUAUUUUCUUACCCUUUUCCAGAUCUUUUACACAAUUCGUGGUGCGUCGCAGUCAAUCAACCCAGGUGUGCGCACGGAGCUCCAGAAGAAGCGGGGCCAUCAGGAACUCUCGUACGCGAUGCAAUUCUGUCUCAUCUCCAUGUUCUACACCUUCUCCUGGAUCAUGUUCCGCGUUUUCCCGCUCAUUUUCGGAGGAAGACAGAUCGAAUGGUUCAUUCUCACUUCUCUCUGCCACGUGUUCAACUGCAGCGCCAACGCAUUCGUCUACAUAAUGUUCAACAAAGAAGUCAGUUUGAUCUUUAGCACUUCAUCCCAACCAGACUUCACUUUCAUUUUUAGAUUCGGAGCCGUUUGUCUUCGAACAAAUUCUUUCGAUUCUCCGGAAUUGUCCCCUCUGAAGCGACGGCGCGGUCCGGCGAUAACAACACCCACUCGAAAGUGCACGCGAUUCCGAUUCCAAGUGCUCGUCUCCAUAAUACAUUUUGAAAUGAACUGUGCUCGAACCCUCUCUCUCUCGUUUUUUUCUGAUCACUCAUUACUUCGAAUGCAGAGAACUCAUUCGGUCUUCGUUUGCCAUCUCAUUUCCGUCGAACCGCCGGUCGCUCGUCUCCGCCUACUCGUUCCGUCACUCAAAAAAUGUUGUUCACCUUGAAGCAGUUGCUCGGCGUUCUCUUCGGAGCCCUCUCGGGCCUCAGUCUCUUUCUGAACGUGCUCGCUCUCGUCGCCGUCUUCCGAUUGGCGUUCGUUCUCAGAAAGAACCAGGUCUACAUCAUCGCCUUCUUCAACAUUUGGUCCGACGUGCUUCAGAUGUCCUUCUCCACUUUCUAUCUGGCGCCCUCCAUUGUGACAAGUGUAAGUGACAAAUUAAUACUUUAAAAUAUGCAACCCCGACGUUUCGCAACUAACGUGGCCUAGAAAAUGCACUGAUAAAGCCUAAAAUAUAUCAUCCGCAGUUUGUUUCAGUCUUUCCUGAUAAGUAAGCAGAAAAAGGACGAAUGGACUCUUUUGCUCGGCUCCUGCUUCUUGUUUCUCUGGCAUUUCGAGACGAUCACUCAAAUGAUCAUGGCGCUCAACAGGUGAAAAUAAAAUUCGAAAUAAACAAGUAAUCUGAUCACUUUCUAUUUCCAGAUUCAUUGUCAUUUGUCUGCAAAAGCACAAUGUAUUCACGUUCACUUCCACAACGUUCAUCUUUGUUUUCCUGAUCCCAUUCUGUCUGCUCAGUAUGUACCUCGCCCAAUACGUCAGUCCUUGCUGCACGUGAGUCCCAUUGGAUCCUUCGAGCGUUCAAACGCACUUUCAGUUUCCUGUUCGAUCAGGAGUUCCUUUCGUACUCAUAUUAUCCAAUCGAAGGAAUUCCCAACUACUCGAAUCAAUUUGAUCUUCCGUUGAACGCUACUAGCUCUACAAUAUCCGCCAUUUGCUACAUCUUGGUAUCUGUUGACAAUCUUUGGUUUUGAAAUGAGCAUAAAAAGUCUGCAGAUCUACUGGACCGUUCAUAAGUCGACUCCCGCAAACUCGUCAGUCAAUGACGCUCAACGUUCUCGACGGCUCAGAGACAUCAAGUAAUAAGAGUUCAACUUCGUCAUUGUCUACUGAAACAAAAGUUCAGAUACGCGAUGCAGUUCAGUCUGAUUCUCGCCUUCUACAUCUUCGUCUGGGUGCUCUUCCGAGUGCUUCCCGUGCUUUUGAAGGAUCGACACGUGGAAUGGUUCAUUCUCGUUCCCAUCUGCUACACCAUCAAUUGCACCUCCAACGCGCUCGUCUAUCUCGGUUUCAAUAGCGAAGUACGCAUCGUGUUCUCGGCGAGACCCCCCCUCCCCAAAUGCAACUUCAGGUACAAAGCAACGUCCGUCCCCAGUUCGCCCGUUCGAUUCUCUAUCGUUUGGGACUGUCCGCAGUGUACAGUGUCUCGUCAGGAAGAACCAUGCUCCCUACAGUAACCGAUUCGCGCGUGAGCUUCGGUGAGCCCGUUCGACCGAUUGCGAUGCGCUACAUCCCGAAGAGACGGAUGCAGCCGUUCCGCUCGAUCGGAUUCAAUUUCGCCCCCCACUGA